ACGCUACCUGAGGUCCACGCCCUCCGCUGCGCACAGCUACACCGGAGCAGGAAGUGGCUGUCAACGCUGUAACGAUGGAAAGUUAAUGAAAAUGCGACUGUGCGUUUGAUAGGAGAAACAGCAACAUUUCAAGAUUUUAUUUUAAAAAUCGUUUUACCUUUUUAUAAAAUAGGAAAAUCCUUAUUUUUUGAGGCGAACAUGCGGCUCUGUUCGACCUACGCGCUCCUGGGACUUUUGUUUGUGACGGUCUUCGAUGCAUCAGAAUGUUUACGGACGGUGGUCCGACCAAACAAAAGCUCGACUGUGACGGUGUCCAGGGAGCUGCCGUUGGAUCAAUGUGCUGUGUGUACAGUCAGCGGGGUGAAUGACACACAGACAUCCUGCCACUCCUCUCUGUCUCUGGUGCCCGAGGAGGAGGUCACACUGCUGUUCAACUGCUCCCAGCCGAUUGAGCAGGCGUUCACUGUGAUGAUUACUGGCACCAUUGAGUGCACCAAGGACACCUGCAGCCCUACAACAGUAGAAACCCAACCCUCCAUCCUCACAGAGUUCACCAGAACCUUCACCUGGGAGCUAAAGGCACCUGAGAAGAUAGUUGUGGGUCUGGGCAUCCUUGGAGAUGGACUGAUGGAGAUGUCACACCCAUGCCCUGACGGAUUUCAGUAUUCGGUUACCACGGACAAAACAAGUGGCAAGGGCACGACUCAGUAUUGUCAAGGUGGUUCUGUGACUCAUUUAGACCUUCCCAACCAAGCUGCUGUGUCUCUGCAAGUUAAACCAAAGGCUCAGGUCCCACUGGUGUUGUUCCAGGCCUCCGCUGGACCAUUAAAGGGCCGAAAAGAGGUUAUAACUGUUGAUUCCAGCACGACUGUGGUCGUAAGCCGUAAUCCUGAGGAACCAGAGUGUGAAGUGUGCUCUGUUGAUGGCUCCACCACCAACUGCAGCCCUACAGAAAAGACACUAACAAAUGUUAAAAAUCUCACGCUGGAGUUCAGCUGCCUAAAACCUCAGGAUGUUUACAGCCUGAAGAUGAAGAAGAAAAUAGAGUGCACCAAGAGCUCCUGCACUCCUGCUGCAGGAGAAGUCGAUCCCAACCUCUUCAAGGACUUUAAAAAAUCCCUAACGUGGGACAUUAGUGUACCAGAGAGGACUGUAUUAACUCUGGACUUCCCUGGUGGAUUAAAGGAGAUGACUGGAGCAGAAAAUUGCCAAGAUGGCCACCAGUACUCAGUGAGUACAACUAAAGGUGACGGAAAGAUCAAAACUAACAGCUACUGCAAGGGUGGGACGGUGUCUCAUCUGGAUCUGCUUGGAGCGACGACUGUGACUGCUGAGGUGCCCAAAGGAGGAGAUCUGGACUCAACAGCAUUCACUGUCAAAGCAGCGCCAAGAGCUGGCAGAAUGAUGACCGUGACGCCUGAUCCUGACACCAUCAUCACCAUCAGCAGGGUGACCAGCGAACCAGACUGCAGCGUGUGUCACAACACGGUGCCCAAACCGACAUGCAACCCAAGAUUUCUCCAACUGAAGGAUCCUACCAACACCUCAGUAGAGUUUACCUGUCCUCAACCUCAGGAUGUCUUCGGUGUGGAGAUCAACAGAGAAAUUGACUGCACAGAGACCUCCUGUUCGGGUGACAUUGUUCAGGCCGAGUCUUCACUAUUCCCAGACUUCAAUCGAACCUUCACCUGGGAUCUGAAAGUUGUCUCCACUCGGGCCUUCCAGCUCGACUUCCCAGAACCGGGGAUGCAACAGAUUUCCAACGAGGAGACCUGUCCGGAUGAGCACACAUACUCUCUUGUUACCUAUCUGCGCACGGGGCCAGCAACCAUUGGUACCUUUUGCAAAGGAGGAACUGUGACCACCAUCCUGGCUCGAUACAAGGGCCGUUUGUCUCUACAGGUGCCUGGGGACAGGAAGCUGGAUCCUGUUGACGUCAAACUCACUGUUGGGCCUGAGACCAGCAUGGUGGCAAUAGUUAAAGCCAACCUACCACGAGGCGUAUCAGACACAGACUUCAUCACAGCCAACUAUCCCCGCGAUUUUCCUGAUGACCAGCAGAUGCGGUGGGACUUCACAGUGCCCGGCAUGCACAACUACACCAUGCACUUCCGUGAUCACACAGCUCCAGAAUGCCUCCAAAAAGAAGUGGAGGUGGAGUACCAGAAAGAGGGCAAGAAGGUGACCAAACUGACUCUGACGGAUCCUCAGCCGGAGCAUCAGCAGGGCAACUUCAACAUGACGCUGAAGAACUGUCAAACCAACAAGACGCUACAAGGACUCACCUUGAACUACAAAGUCUCCGUAAUGAGAAGUGGUCAUCCAGUUCUGUGUACGGUGGAUCUAACCAAACACACAGGAGUGUCGCUGCAGAUAGAGAAAGUGGGUUCUGAUCCCAACUGUGAGAUGAGCAUCGACUCUGAGGUCAAAGAGAAGAUAAACGUGGCUGCAGGCACAAAGGCCAGCCUGUCCUUCCUUGACUGUCCAUACGAAGAUGUGCGCCUGACUGCCAGUAAAGUUAUUGGGUGCCGAAACAUGGCGUCCUGCCAUCCGAAAGUCCUCACUUUGCCCAAAUUGGAUUCCUGUCUACGGAUGCCCCUCCACAACUUCACCUGGCACCUCAACAUCCCUCAGGACGGCACAGUGGAUCUGGUGUCGCCCACAGGGAGCCUCCAGCAGUUCCUGCCUGGCCAGGAGUGUAAUCAGUCUGUCUCCCUGCAUGUGGCGGAGGCUGAUGGGUUCUCCAUUGGAAGUUUCUGCUUUAAUGGAGUCAUCAAGAAAGUUCAGGUGCACGCCAACGUCUCCAUCACAGCCACAUCCAAGGACUUCAGCAAGAACAGGGGGCCUUUUCUCAAUGUCAGCUUCAGUCAGGAGAUCCCAGAUAGCAUUAUUUACAGAGUUAGUCCAGGGAUUUCGUCCCCAACCCUGCUCAGCACCCCCAACUGGCCUGAGGGGAUGAGGCCUUCCUCCACCAUAUCCUGGAUCGUCACUCUGCCGAGCCAGUACCAGGCACACAUGCAGUUUGUCAACAUCAGCCAGCCCAAAUGCAAAGACACUCACACUGCCAUCAAGGUGCAGAUGCUGGGGCAGGAGGAGGAGAUCAUGAGCCGCAGGGAGGACGAGAAGACGGAGGACAAGUUGACGGUGUCACAGAGUUUCUACCUCAACAUGUCCAACUGUGCACCGGAGAGUGAAAAGUUUGGUGCAGUGACCAAAAUCGUUCUGCAGAAGAAGACCAAUCUGUUGGCAAUCCUCCUCGGGAUAGCAGGAGCUCUUUUGCUUUUGCUCGUAGUGCUGGCUGUUGUGUGCAUCGUUACAAAGAAAAAGAAAAGAGAUAAAAUGAACAAGGAGUCAUCCAUCUACAUCGGCAAAGGGAAUAUCUUCCGCCCAGGUGACAUGCACUUCACCAAAAGUCGGUCUGAAAAUGAAUCUCACGUCUACGACUCCAUAGAUGAGACGAUGGUGUACGGCCACCUGCUGGGUGACACGAGCUACGCCGACAGCAUGCAGGACCGCUUCAAAGGGAUGCAGAUGGACUCGUAUCAAACGUUCACAGGCCCCACUGAUGGAGAGCUGCCUGUAAUCAAAGAGCCGGACCAUGAGCCUGAGAUGGACCAGUACAAGACAUUCCUGGACCCGUCUGAGACUUUCAUCCCGUCCCGUCCGCGCACGCCAAUCGACCGGCAGGACAGCCUCGGCUUCCAGGACCGCAGGAUGGUGGAAAAUGAACUGUACACGUUCAAGACCACAGGCAAUAUCAACACGAUCCGACUCUCCGGUGUUGACAUGGAACCACUAACAGAGCAGUCCAUGUAGUGUGUCAGGACUGUAACUGCACGAUGGACAGCUGUUACUAAAUUCUCUGUACUGAUGUGGACUUGUGCAUCGAUCACACUCAGGGAAUCUGAGUUCAGAUGAGCUUUCUGAAUAUGACUUUAAGAGUAGAUGCUGUGAUCCUUGUAGCUUUCUCGCCCAGAGUUAGAAGAUCUAUACGAUUCUCAGCGUAAAGACUGGAAACAAGAGGAAACAGCUAGCCUGGCUCUCUCCAAAAGUAACAAAAUCCACCAAAUUUCCAGAAGUCACUGCCUCCAGCAAGUUAACUAAUAGCACACUGUAAAACCUUAACCAAAGUAUAAAAAAAACUGCUGUUCCCUCUGUUUCCAGUCUUCAUGCUAAGCUAAGCUGGCUGUAGCUUAUAGUACAAACAUGAGGAUGAUAUUGAUCUUCUCGUAUGACUCUCAGCAGGAAAGCAACAAAGUCCAACCUUGCCUUUAAUAUUUGAUUUGUUUAGUUUUAUUCAAUUUCUGCCUAUGGGGCAUUGACUCAGGAGCAUAGACUAUCUCUGGUCCUUGUUUUAAUGUGUUUUUACUGCAUAUUGUUUACGGUUUUUAAGAUUUUUUUCUUUACCUGUAAAUACAAUUUAGGGGUUGUUUUUUUUGCAAUAAAUUCUAGGAAAAUG